AUUAGAAUUUGUUGCGGGCUGCAGGAGAACGGAGAGUGAAAUAGUAAUAAGUAAAUGUUUUUAAUAAUGCAUUUAUAAUUUAUAAAUAUGUAAUACACUUAUUGUCAAAUGUUAGAAUAAAAGUUUUAGCUAAUAAAGAGAAAUAGCGGUAUUGUAAUUCGAGCUUCAAAAUAAUAUUUUGGUGUAUUUUUUUACAAAAUGCUGUCGGUUGAGGAGCUGAAUGAAGAAGUUAAAAAGGUCGAUAAAGAACUCGCUCAAGUAGAAGCAGAAUUAUCCAAAUGGAGAAAUAAGCAACGGCAACUACACGAAAGGAAAAGCGCUCUCAAGAAAUCCAUAAAUAAAUUAAAAUCGGAUACAUUAGCGCAAGUAGAUUGGGGUGGUAAUAAAUACGAAUGGUCGGAAGAUGUUCAAAAUACACUUAAAAAUAUAUUUAAGAUAGAUUCUUUUAGACCUAAGCAGUUAAGUGCCAUAAACUCCACACUUUCUGGCCAACAUGCGAUUGUUGUUAUGCCCACUGGAGCUGGAAAAAGUCUUUGCUACCAAUUACCAGCUCUAAUUAAACCUGGUAUAACAAUAGUUAUAUCUCCCCUCGUUUCACUUAUGGAAGACCAAGUUCGUUCAUUGAAAAAGAAGAACAUUCCAGCUAUGCUUAUGACUAGUACAAGCCCUAAGGAAGAAACUGCUGCUGCUUUGAAUCUAUUAAAGGACAAAAACACAGACAUCAAGUUACUGUAUGUAACACCAGAAAGAUUAGCAAAGAGUAAAAGAUUCAUGGCAAAUUUACAGAAAUGUUUUGAUGAAGGUAGGUUACAAAGAAUAGCAAUUGACGAAGUUCACUGCUGUUCCCAAUGGGGACAUGAUUUCAGACCUGACUAUAAGUUCUUAGGAAUUUUGUCCAAUAUGUUCCCUAAUGUACCCAUAUUGGGGUUAACAGCCACAGCUACAGCCCAUGUCCUUAAUGAUGUCCAAAAAAUUCUGAAUAUACAAGGCUGCCUAGUUGUCAAAUCUACAUUUAAUAGGCCGAAUCUCUACUACAGAAUAUUGGAAAAACCAACAUCGCAAGAUGAGUGUCUGAUUAUACUAGAGAAACUACUUAAAUAUAGAUAUAAGGGUGAGAGUGGCAUUAUUUAUACAAAUAGUAUAAAAGAUGCUGAAGAUGUGACUGAUGGGUUAAGGAAAAGGGGCCUAAAAGUAGGAUGUUACCAUGCUAAUAUGGAAGCUGAAUCAAGGUCCAAAGUGCAUAUGAAAUGGCAUGAUAAGCAUUACCAAGCUAUUGUUGCUACGGUAGCUUUUGGCAUGGGCAUUGAUAAACCUGAUGUUAGAUUUGUUAUACACCACACAAUUAGUAAAUCAAUGGAGAAUUAUUACCAAGAAAGUGGAAGAGCUGGCCGAGAUGGCGAGAGAGCAGAAUGCAUUACGUUAUAUAGAAUGCAAGAUAUGUUUAAAGUCAGUGCAAUGGUGUUCUCUUCUGUUGGCAGUAUAGAACAUUUGUAUGGAAUGGUGAAAUACUGUCUUAAUGGAUCUCUCUGUAGGCGUCAGCUAAUAGCUCAACAUUUUGAUGAAGAUUGGGGUAAUUCCAAUUGCAAUAAGAUGUGUGAUGUUUGUUGCAAUAUAAGUAGUAGUAGUGCAAAAGAACUAUCUUUAGAAUCACAUCUGCAAACUCUAGCCAAUAUAAUAGACAAUGCAGAAAAACAGCAAACAAAAUUGACAGCGCAGAAGCUUAUAGAUGCCUGGUUCCUUAAGGGCCCUGUCCCAUUGAGACACAAUGGAAAGGAGCCAAAUUUCUCCAGAAAUUUAGCCGAAGAUGUUAUUGCUUAUUUAUUAAUAGAAGGUUAUUUAGUUGAGGAUUUCCAUUUUACUGCAUAUUCUACUGUUGUUUAUUUAAAGAAAGGUCCAAAUAUGGAGGCAAUAAAUGAUGUCAAUUUUACAUUCAAAAUGCCAAUAAGAAAGUAUACUGAAUUUCAUCUAGAUAGACCAGCACCUAAGGAUUUUGAACAAAUGUCUGACACAAAUGAAGCAACUAAUGUGGUGAAAAGAAAGUGUAGUAAACCUAGUCAUAAUAAACCAACAAAAAAGAUGAAACCCAUUAUAAUAGAUGAUGAUGAUGAUGAUUAAAACACUACUUAUUAUGUCAUAAUAUUUAUUUCAUUGAGGUUAAACAGCAAUUUUGGUAUUUUAGAUAUGCUUUAUCUAUGUGAAACAAAAAUAAUGUACCUUGGAUUUGGUAAAUGUUCCAAAAACCAGACUCAAAUAAAGAAAA